AUGCUUGGGACCGAACCCGCCUGCCAGGCCGGCUUUCGCGUUGGCGUCAUGGCCUCCCGCAAGCGCGCCCGCACCGCCGGCGAAGGCGAGGAGGAGGGCGAGGCUGUGCCGGUCGCGGGUGGCUUCGAGGCGCCCAUCUUUGGCGCGCGCGUCGUCGGCCAGGUCACCACGCUGGCGCUCGAGGGCGAGGACGGCCCUCCGCAAAAGCUGUAUGCCGUCGCAAGCGAUCGCGCAGGCGGCUGGUACGUCACGACUGGUGCCUUGGUGCUGCACGUGUCGGCGGCCGGGCGCACCCGCACCGUCGCGACCUGCGAGGAUUGCCGCGGUAUCGACCUCAGCCCCAACGGUAGCGCGUUGUUUGUGGCGGACUACGGCAACAACAAGAUAUACUGGGUGGAGGUCGCGACGGGCGCGGUGAGCACGCUCGCGGGCAGCGGCGAACGAGGCGACGCGGACGGCGUGGGCGACGCGGCUCAGUUCAACGGCCCAUACGGCGUCACCAUCAGCCCGGACGGCAGCGCGCUGUUUGUGGCGGACUGGGGCAGCCACAAGAUCCGGCGGGUGGAGGUGGCGACGGGCGCAGUGACGACUGUCGCAGGCAGGGGCACUGCUGGCCGCGCUGAUGGCGUGGGCGGCGCGGCAGAGUUCCACAGCCCAGUCGGCAUCGCCAUCAGCCCUGAAGGCAGCGCGCUGUUUGUGGCAGACCAUUCCAACCACAAGAUCCGGCGGGUCGAGGUAGCGACAGGCGCGGUGAGCACGCUCGCCGGCAGUGGCAUUGCUGGCAGCGUUGAUGGCGUGGAGGACGCGGCGCAGAUCCACAAGCCACGCGGCAUCGCCGUCAGCCCCGACGGCAGCGCGCUGUUUGUGGCGGACUUCGGCAACCACAAGAUCCGGCGGGUGGAGGUGGCGACUGGCGCAGUGACGACUGUCGCGGGCAGCGGCGCUAAGGGCAGAGCUGAUGGCGUGGGCGAUGCGGCGCAGUUCAACGCCCCACUCGGCGUCGCCCUCAGCCCCGAUGGCAGCACUCUUCUGGUCCGCUCGGGAGCGGCGUCUCUCCGCCAGGUCUGCGUGGCUGCGCCUCCUCCGCCUCCCUCCUUCGCGCCGAUUGUGGUGCCGCCCUCGACCUUCUUUGCCGACAUGAAGAAGACGCGGGGCGACGCCUCUUUGCCGCACGGCCCGGUCACUUUCAUCGUCGGAAGGGAGGCGCAGCGCAUCGAGCACGUGAGCAAGAACCUGCUCUGCGUGCGGUCCGAGUACUAUGGGAAGAUGUUUGGCAUCGGCAUGAAGGAGCGCGACGCCGCCGAGAUCACGGUGCCCAAGACGGACCUCGCCAGCUUCACCGCCUUCAUCGACUACCUCUGCACCGACCAGCUCGACCUCGGCGAGGGGGAGGGCGAGCAGGCGCGGCGCGCGCUCGUGCUGCGGGAGCUUGCGCAGAUGUACCAGGUGCCGCGCCUCGAGCUGCUCUGCGCACAGGCGCUGCAGGAGAGCGUCGGGCCGGCGAGCGCUGUGCCGCUGCUCGAGGCGGCGCACAUGACGGGCGACGGGCGGCUCCUCGCGCAGUGCCGCCGCUACGUGGCCGACCACGCCGCCGAGGUGCGGGCGAGCGGCGGCGUGGAGCAGCUGCGCGACCUCGGCGUGGCCAAGGGGCUGCUCGGCGACGCGCUCGACCAGGUGGCGGAGCUGAAGAUGGGGGCGGCGCGCACGGCCGCGGGCCAGAGGGCGGCGCCCUAG